CGGGUCUCAGAAGUAUGCCGGAAACAAUCAAAACUUCAACCCGACCCGUUAACGUCAAAUACCGAUAAUCAGUCUUCUCUUCAUAAGAAUUUCUCAGCUAUUUGCGCAGCUCAAUCACCAAGCACAAACACUGUACAACUUUAAAGCAAAUACCUAUAAAUAUCCAUUUCUCUCCGAUUUGGUUAAUCGGCCAUUUACGGAUCUCCGAAAAAAUAAUUGAAAAAAAUGGCACCAGUCUCAGCUCUUGCAAAGUACAAGCUGGUCUUCUUGGGAGACCAAUCAGUCGGUAAAACCAGCAUCAUCACUCGCUUCAUGUAUGACAAAUUCGAUAACACCUACCAGGCUACCAUUGGCAUUGAUUUUCUAUCAAAAACCAUGUAUCUUGAAGACAGAACUAUUCGUUUGCAGUUGUGGGAUACAGCUGGACAAGAAAGAUUCAGAAGCCUCAUUCCAAGUUACAUUAGAGAUUCCUCUGUUGCUGUCAUUGUAUUUGAUGUUGCAAGUCGGCAAUCUUUCCUGAACACUUCAAAAUGGAUUGAAGAGGUUCGCACUGAGAGGGGCAGCGAUGUCAUCAUUGUCCUUGUUGGGAACAAAACUGACCUUGUGGAGAAGAGGCAAGUUUCUAUAGAAGAAGGAGAAGCUAAAGCCCGAGACCUUAACGUCAUGUUUAUCGAAACUAGUGCAAAAGCUGGUUUUAAUAUCAAGCCAUUGUUUCGAAAAAUCGCUGCAGCCUUACCAGGAAUGGAGGCACUUUCUUCAACAAACCAAGAGGACAUGGUUGAUGUGAACCUAAAGUCUUCCGGUGGAGCUUCAUCCCAGACACAGCCUCAGGCAGGGGGAUGUGCUUGUUGAUACCUUGAAACUCUUAACCAUUGGUACGAUUGUCCCUGUUGGAACAAUAUUUCACUAAUAUGUAAAUGACUGACUGACUUAUUUCUGUCCUUUUCCUCUUCUAUUUGCCGUCCUAUUUGGGAAGCAUUUCCUCUGUGCCUGGGGAACUCUUUGGUAAAACUUGAGUGGUUGAGAACUAGGACUAGAAAGAUUCGUGGUUGGGAUGUUCUUGUAUUUCAUAGGUUGGUUAUAGGGUCAUAGGUUGUAGGAUAUGCAGUGGAAUUACAGUUUUCAAUGGACUUCUCUUUCUUUGUUAUGUCAAAGGACCUAAUAAUAUUCUCCGUGCAACACAUGCAUAUUGUAGUUA